UGCAUCAUGGCGUUUUCGCAAGUGUCAUAAAUACUUGCGUUGUAGAUACAAUAAUUUUAUUUAACUCAUCAAUUGUAUGUUUAUUUAUUAGUUAAAGAAUUUAAUUUGAUUUAAAAUAAUUAGCUCAUUAAUUUAUACAUAAACAAUGGAUCUAGCUAAAAUGUCGAACGAGAAAAAACUAUAUUUGUGUAGAUGGUAUUUUCGAGUGGGAUUCUGCGUGUUACCAUUUGUUUGGGCAGUAAAUGCUAUUUGGUUUUUCAAAGAAGCUUUCCUCAUGCCACAGUACAAUGAACAAAAACAAAUUAGAAAAUAUGUGAUACUUUCAAGCAUAGGGGCACUUUUAUGGACAGCAGGUAUUUUGGCGUGGGUCAUCACUUUCCAAACCCAACGAGUAGCUUGGGGUGAAUAUGCAGAUGCUAUCACGUACAUAAUUCCCGAAGGAAUUCCCUAAGUUUAUAUUUUUUAUAUCAUACAAUAGAAACAUUAUUUAAUUAUUCAUCAAUUUCACUAAUUAAUGAAAUAUAAACUUUAUUUAUAAAAGUAAAAAA